GAAAUCUAGUAAGUAGUUUUUUUUUUUAAGACGUCAUAAAUGGUACGGAAUUCUUCAUGGGCGAGUCCAACUCGCACUUGGCCACUUUUAUUUAGAUUUAAGUCACACUCUUUGGAGUAACUGGUGAAUCUGGGCUAGGGCCCAAAGAGUAAAGUAAGUAAAAGGGCUCCAGUUACAUGCGCCGUGUGCAAGAACAAGGAACAAGUUUAAUUUCAGUAUAUGUGGAACAUAUCCCUCAUAAUGUUAAAACUGUCAUAAGUUUAAUUUACACCCACACUUGUUAAUUUUGUUAUUUAGUAUAUAAUUUGUACAAAUUAUGUUAAGUAUAUAAAAGUAUUAGUUGCAAUGGAAUUAAUUAUUUACAUUUUACUGUUUUGUGCCUUAUCUCAAGUCUCUACACAAAAUGAAAUUAACGUCUAUGGGCCGGGGUUAAAUCCCAAAGAAAUCGUGAUGCCGGCUAGAUACUUUUUUGUUAAUUUCACAUUUGUUACAGAACAAUCGUAUACCUCAAAUCUUGCAAAUGACUUAGCUGUAGAAAUAAAUGGUAGCUCAAUGAAACAUAGAAAUUGCCGUGUUUGGGUAAAUAAAUUGGACAGAAAAGAUGGAACUUUCAUAAUUAGAUACAAAGUGUAUGAGACUUGCCAGGAUAUGUCAAUAAGUGUAUAUUAUAAAAGUAAACAUGUCACUGGAUCCCCUUACCAUUAUGCAGGUCCUAUCCAACCAGAUCAGUGUGACUGCCCUGAGCAUGACAUUAAUGUAUGGCUACGAAAAUAUGGUUGCCCUGAAUCUUUCAGUAAAAUCAACCAAGAUCUAAAACCCUUUAUAAAUGUUGAUAUGGGAGUAAAAGUACCAAAGAUUGUAGAGAAAUACCACAAACCAGAUACAACGAGUUUUUGCCAUUAUGUAAUUAAAAAUAAUAAGAUUUAUCGGGAUUGCUAUGGAAAGCAUGUGGGGUUCAAUAUGUUUUCAGAUAACAUUAUUUUGUCUUUAUCAAGGAAAGUAAGAUUGCCUGACAUGGAGUUGGUGAUUAACUUGGGAGACUGGCCUCUGAUUCGUAAGAACACGGAACUGUUGCCAGUUUUCUCAUGGUGUGGCAGUGAUGAUACAAUGGAUAUUGUAAUGCCUACAUAUGACUUGACUGAAUCCACCUUAGAGAAUAUGGGAAGAGUAACCCUCGACAUUCUGUCAGUGCAAGGCAACAUCGAGAAGCCGUGGGAGGACCGCGAGCCGCGCGCCUUCUGGCGCGGCCGCGACUCGCGCGCCGAGCGCCUGCAGCUAGUCGACGUCGCUCGCGCUACCCCGGACCUCUUCAAUGUUUCUCUUACUAAUUUCUUCUUUUUCUUGGAUAAACAAGAACAGUACGGGCCGAAAUCGCCGCAUAUUUCUUUUUUUAAGUUUUUUGAUUAUAAAUACCAAAUAAACAUCGACGGCACUGUAGCAUCAUACAGACUGCCAUACCUCCUCGCGGGCGGCGGCACGGUGAUGAAGCAAACGUCACCAUACUACGAGCACUUCUACGGGCAGCUAGCUCCGUGGGAACACUUCGUACCGGUGUCACGUGAUCUAUCGGACUUGGCGCAGCGCGUGCGGUGGGCGCGCGCGCACGAUGAGGAAGCGCUCAGGAUAGCGAAGAACGGAAGGAAAUUUGUCAACGAUCAUCUGCUUCCUCAACAUAUUUUUUGCUAUCAUGCGGUACUAUUCCAGGAAUGGAGCAAGAGAGUGAUGAACAAAGUGAUUGUUCGUAAAGGAAUGACGGAAUUACCUCAACCGACUUUUGACUGUGAUUGCGAACCAGAAGAAAAAAAGAAACGUGAAGAUCUUUAAGUAUCUGGCUUUGAGUUAAAGCUAAUAUGCGCCAAAACAUUCCUUCCCUCAUAAUAAUGCAAAAUAAUAAUCUCAGUAGAGUAGUGUAGUGUAAAUUUACAUCCCUAAUAUUAUCUCAAGUAACAUAACAUAAGGCUAUGAAAAUAAAAGUUUAUUAGAUAA